AUGGCACCUCGCAACGUCAACCUUCACCCGGACAACCACCUCCCUGACUCCCUGCAAUCCGCCACGUUUGAUGUCGUCGUCAUCGGCUCAGGUCCCGUGGGCCGUCAAGUGGCGUCCAAGACCGCCGCGGCGGGCCUCUCCUCCGUCGUCAUCGAGGACGAGCUCUGGGGCGGCGAGUGCCCCUACUGGGCGUGCAUGCCUUCCAAGGCGAUGCUGCGUCCUGGCGAGGCGAUCGCCGGCGCCCGCCAGAUUGGCGGUGCCAGGCAGCUGAUUGCGGCCGAUCGCCUCGUCGACGUCCAAGGCGUGUUUGAGCGACGGGACAAAGUCACAAACAAAUGGGACGACGACUUUAUCUUGAACCUGUCGUUGAAGCAGAAAUGUUCCGUCGUGCGAGGCAAAGGGUUCAUCGUCGGAAAGAAGAAGGUGCUGGUGAAGCAUGCCAACGGCCAAGAAGCGACGUUGACCGCCAUCCACGCCGUCAUCGUCGCCACAGGCUCGGAACCGGUCAUCCCCAUGGACAUCAAGGGUAUUGAUCAAAUCGACUAUUGGACUCCAAGAGAGGCCACCGCGGCAGAUAUGGUGCCUGAGCAUUUGAUUAUCGUGGGUUCGGGGGUCGUUGGCUGCGAGAUGGCCACAGCCUUUUCCACGUUCGGCGCCAAGGUCACCAUGAUCAGUGCCACGUCUGAAGUGCUGGGUCGAUAUGAGCCGGAAGCCGGGAAGCGUGUUCGAGAGGCAUUGACUGCUCAUAAUGUCGAUUUUCACUUGUCGGCGAGAGUGGCCGAAGCUUGGAAGGAAGGCAACGGCAAGAUUUCAGUCAAGCUGGGCUCUGGAGAAGUCGUCACGGGCUCUGCUCUCCUCAUAGCUACCGGCAGAAAGCCUCGCACGGACAACAUCGGCCUGGAAACCAUCGGCUUGACCAGCGCCCUGGCUGUUGAUCAGAGCAUGUGUGUUUCUUCCCUAGAAGGUAAUUGGUUAUUUGCAAUUGGAGAUGCGAACGGUCGGGCUCCAUUGACACACAUGGGUACGUAUCAGGGCCGGAUUGCGGCGGCGACCAUUAUUGCCCGAGCCGGAGGAGUCGACAUCCAUGAACCCGAGGCCUGGAGCGAAUUCGCCGCGACAUCAGAUGAGGUUGCCAUUUCGCAAGUCGUCGUCACGGACCCGAACGUUGCCACGGUUGGUCUGACUUUGGCGGAUGCCUUGAAGAAGGGCAUCAAGGCCGUGGAAGUUGCCGUGCCGUUUGAUUUCCCCGGUGCCUGGGUCUAUGCUGAAUUCGACUAUGACGGCUGGGCCCAAUGGGUGGUGGAUUCGGAGAGGAACGUGCUUGUCGGAGCGACGUUCGUCGGCAGAGAAGCGGGCGACCUCCUUCACGGGAGCACCGUUGCAAUUGUCGGCCAAGUUCCUCUUGACCGCUUGAAGCACGCUGUUGCCAGCUUUCCCACCAGGAGUGAAAUAUAUGGGUCAUUGUUGGAAAAGUGGGACCAGCUGCGAAGGUAA